AUGAACGAGUUUUCAUCAGUCGACGAUCCCAAAAUUGAGGCGAUGGCCAGCAAGGUUCUGAGUGAGACAUUACUCACUGAUGGAGACAGAACUCGUGCCUGGGCAGUGAAAGCAGUGAAAAAUAUCAGCAGACAAGCAAAGAAAAACAACUGUUUUGAUGUGUUCUUCGAUGCAGUUAUACAUGAAAAUCCUGGAACCAGAUGCUGUAAAGCACGUAAUGACAAAAUAGCAGGAGCAAACGGAAGGCUCAUUAUUCUCAUUCUGAGAUGUUUCCGGUUCUCACAUGUGCGAUACGACUCUCAGAUCAAAUCGAUGGGCUCUUGUCGGUAUCAAUUCGAUUCAUCGAAUCGAACGAUCUGCAUGAAUCCAUGGCAUUACAAACUUACUGAGUUGCCGAAAAAACCAGUUGCACCGAUUGUUGUGAAUAAGAAUUUGGAUUACGGAGAGCCACCGGUUCGGAUGGAUGAUCCAUUUGAGCAUGGUGGCAUAGUCUGGGAGCAGGGGCGUUCCUCGGAGGAGGUGGAGGAUAUGACAUGGAUGAACAUUCCGAAUGUGACGAUAGAAGGAGAUGAAAUCAAGAAUCUCUACGACCGCCAUGCUCUUGAAGCAGUCCAAGAGCCAGGAACUUAUGCGGAGUUUAAUACUCCAACAUCAUCGAAUGCACCCAAUGGAGGACCCACAAUAUCUUCGAACGGCACUUAUCCAAAUUUCCAGUCACCUGUUCAAUCCCCUGUAGAAUCACCUGCUCAAUUCAACCAACAGAAUGGAGAGCAAAUGGUUGAAGAGGAAUUAAAUUACCGAUCUGGAAUGUCUUCGCCAGCUAGCCAUUAUGGGUCGCCAAGAAUGUAUCCCGGAAAUGGCGUCGGAACUGUCGAUGAAGAAAUGAUGGAGGACAGUGAACGAGAGUUGGCUAGUCUAAACAGGAAUUUCCCCCGGAAUGGAAAUGGACGGAUAAUGGUACCAACUUAUCCAAAUGGUCGUCCCAUCACUCCAAUCGAACAUGGUGGAAUGUUCCGUGGAUCAAUUGCGGAACUCGGAGAAUUGGCGAGACGCGGAGUGUAUGAGUGUGUUGAAUACGAAGAGAGAGCCAAUUGGCUUGGAUUGGGAUAUUAUGAAGAGGGUCUGCACAUCGGAGAGCCAGGAAGUUUCCGCGCACAAAAUGUGUUGAUUGAUGGAUUCACGUCAACUGAGAUGAAGUCAACGAACCGCUUUUCCGUUGGCUUCUACACCAAUCCAAAACGAUCAGUAGCCACAUCUGAAGUACGAAGUUUGAUAGGAAGAGGAGUUCGUUUAUAUCUGCUUGGCGGAGAAUGUUAUGCCGAGAAUCUAUGCAAUGUGCCCGUUUUUAUUCAGUCGAUCAGUGCAAAUCUGAAGAAUAAUUUCCCAAUGAAUACAGUGUCAAAGCUUCCACCGAAUGGAACAAUGAAGCUGUUCGAUAUGUACCAAUUCUCGAAACAACUCGCCUUGGCAGCGGAGAGAACUUAUAACGAUGUCCACUCUCUCAGCCGAAUGUGCACUAUCCGUAUGUCAUUCGUCAAAGGAUGGGGAGAAGCAUAUCGUCGGAAAUCAGUGAUUCAUUCUCCAGUCUGGGUUCAAAUUCAACUAAACAAUCCAAUGCAGUGGAUUGAUAGUGUGCUCACUUGCAUGGGAGCUCCGCCAAGACAGUGCUCAUCGAGAACAUAA